AUGUCAGAACUAAGUUGUCUACAUUCUCGACCGGACUUAAUCGCCUCGUGCUCGAGCCUUCUGAGAAGUGUCUGGCCCUGUACUAAGACUGAACGACUGCAGCUUUUGGAGACAGAGAACUGCACUGGGUUCCCGUGUUCGUUGGUUCUCAUUGACCAGAAAGAGAACCAACCCGAUUCUGUUAUAGGCCAUAUUCGAGUUCUCCAAUGCCCCGAGCCACCAGAGAGCGUCUACUUCGAAGCACUGUGCAUUGACCAAUCUCGAGUCGGUACGGGUCUGGGUGUUCAAGUCAUGAAACACGCCGAAGAAUACGCAGUUUCUUCCCUCGGAUUGAAGCAAGCUUUCUUGUGGACGGACACCGGUAUGAAAGGAGGACCACAAUGGAAAUAA